AUGGGUAGUGGCAAGAUAAACUUUCAGGACAUUAACUAUGAAAAAAGCUAUGACAGCUGGGCCGUCUAUUAUAACAGUAAGCUUGCAAACGUGUUAUUCACUCGCGAGCUGAGCAAACGUCUGGAGGGUACCCACGUAACGGUAAAUGCCCUGCAUCCAGGAGCUGUUGCUACUGAAUCGCAACGACACUCAUUUCUAGGCAGUACUCUGCUAUACCCUGUCCGCUGGUACAUGUUCAAGACCGUAGAACGGGGAGCCCAAACUACCAUCUACUGUGCCGUUUCUGAAGAAAUGGAAGGAGUUAGCGGGAAGUAUCUGAAAGAUUGCGCUAUUGUGGAGCCAUCCAAGGGUGCCCAGGAUGAUGAAGCAGCCAGGAAGUUGUGGGAUCUGAGCGUAAAGAUGGUUGGACUGGAAAAGUGACACUAAAAUUAGAUAACAGAAUCGUUACCUGUUCAAUGAUUUUAUGCCAGUGCUAUUGUUGUUAGUUACCGGUAUUUAGUCUAGUGCCGGUGACAGUAAUAUUAUUCUGUUAUUUAAGAAGAGUACACAACUACGGAUAGAGUUAACCAAUUCUUGUGUAAAAUUCUUAGUGUUUUUAUAUGUAGCAAGCUACCGAAUAAAAGAAAGGUGCCAGAUGCUAGCAGAUCUUAAAUAGAUAUGAUAUAUAUCCGCAAAGGUGUACAAGCAGCCUUGUAAAAUUGCCACCAGUGACAAAGCACUAUACAGUACCUUUUUUCCAUCAAUUUUGUAAAUAAUUAUUUAUCUAGUUUUUUUUAUUUAAUUUUUUAUUUUUUCUAAUAUUUACCUCUUUGCUAUUUAGUUAAUUAUUUUUACAAAACCCUCAUACAAAAAGCUUCUGUACCUCUGACUGAGUCAAAAUAAAUUGAUAGAUCACUUCCUUAGAGAGAAUUUUUCAGCCACAAACUUCUCCUUCCUAUUUUCAGGGAGAGAUCUUGUUCUUGUGCGGGUAGAGAGCAACCUCGUCCCCAGGGCGCUUUUCAGUGGCUUUGGAGGCGAGGUUGGGUGUGGAGCUGGCUGCUUGCAGACAACCAUACCACCCUGGCAAUGGCAGCUGUGGACACCUUUUCAACCUUAGCUUCACUUAACCUGUUCCAGGCUCUGAGCUAGUCGAGUCCUAGACUGCGAGCAGUCCCUCUUCAGUCCGUCAAGUCUAAGCUUGGCAGGACUGGAGAGAGCGAAUUGGCCGAGAGGCAAUAAAAUCGAGCGAAGCGAGCGAGCGAAAGCCGAGGGUUUCCCUCUCGGCCAAUUCGCUCUCUCCAGUCCUGCCAAGCUUAGACUUGACGGACUGAACAGGGACUGUCGCAGUCUAGUCGAGUCCGCAAAAUUGAGAAUGCACGAACACGAAAAUAAAACGGGAGGAACCUGGCAGACCGCGCGCUCAUAUUUUCGCGUGCCUUUCACUUACUCGUCAUACCCAAGCUUCCCCACUAGCUGAGAGCAAGGAACAGGCUACUUCAUUUGGGCUUGUCAGCCUGGACAGUUAAGGUAGGGUAGCUGAACACAGCCUUUGGUAAUACAGGAGCCAGACACAACCUUAUCUUUAGUAGUUUUCACUAAGAAAAUGUUGAGGAGGACCCUGCCACUGACGCCGAAUGGUGAAUGGUCAUGAAUGAUGGCCCUUUGUGCUUUAAUUUGGCCUAAAAAUUAGGAGGGGGCUUAGCCACCAUUCCCCGGCCCCAUCUAUAUAGAUCCGUCACCGAUUAAAGUAGAGAUUAGCUAAAUAUAACCCUGGGGCCGGUUGCUCGAAGCCUGGUUAGCGCUAACCGUUGGUUAAGAGGUAUCAAAAUGUAUAGGUUUCCAUGGUAUUUAACGCUGGUUAGCACUAACCAUGCUUCGAGCAACCCAGGCCUGUUUGAUAAAGCCUUUGCAAUUUGAUCCAUUACAAGCCUCGGUACGAGGCAGGCAGGGACCUGUGUUCGAGCAUAGAGACGAGGUUACGCAUGCAUGUUUGACUCAGCGUAUUGUAUUGUUGUUGUAUUGUCCAAGUUCUAGCUCGAACAUGGCUGUCCCAGCUGCGAUCGGUGUAGCAGGAAUUGCUGUUCUUUAUGCAGGGAAAAGAUACUUCCAAGGGCCUCGAUGCAAGAGUAACAAGAGCCUAAAAGGAAAAACCGUGGUUAUCACCGGUGGAAACACUGGCAUCGGUAAAGAAACCGCGGUGGAUUUAGCCAGGCGUGGAGCGAGGGUCAUAAUCGGCUGCAGAAACCUACAAAAGGGUAAAGAAGCACUGAAUGAAAUAAAAGAACGAAGCGGGAAUGCCAAUGUUUUCCUUGAGGAGAUAGAUCUUGCCUCUUUGGAGUCAGUUCGCAAGUUUGCAGAUACAAUUCUCAACAGCGAACCCCGUCUAGACAUUCUGAUCAACAACGCUGGGGUGAUGGCCUGCGCGUAUCAGAAGACAAAAGAUGGAUUUGAGAUGCAGUUUGGUACGAAUCAUCUUGGGCAUUUCUUGCUGACGAUGCUGCUUCUUGACCGACUGAAGCUUUGUCAGCCGAGUCGUAUCAUAAACGUGUCUUCGUCCGCUCACAGAAUGGGAAGUGGCAAGAUCAACUUUGAAGAUAUAAACUAUGAAAAGAGCUACAGCAGCUGGGGUGCAUACUUCGACAGCAAGCUUGCAAACGUGCUCUUCACACGCGAAUUGAGCAAACGCCUUGAGGGUACCCACGUGACAGUGAAUUCACUGCAUCCUGGAGCAGUCACCACUGAUUUGCAGCGCCACUCUUUCAUAGGAAGUGGUCUCCUCUUUCCCCUUCGCUGGUAUGUAUUUAAGACAGCCGAACAGGGAGCCCAAACUACCAUUCACUGUGCAGUCUCUGAGGAGAUGGAAGGUGUCAGUGGAAAAUAUCUGCGAGAUUGUGCCGUUGUGGAGGAAUCCAAGGGGGCCCAGGAUGAUGCCGCAGCCAAGAAGCUGUGGGAUCUGAGUGUGAAGCUGGUUGGGCUGGAAAAAUAGACAAUUAGAAGAUGGAAGUAUCUAGCUACAGCUUUACAUAUUAGGCUGGACAUUUGUACCAUUUUCCUUAACUUCUUUAGCAAUCAAGAACCACACAAUACAGUUAGAUACAUGUGUAAACAGUUUUAUAAAAACUGGGCAUAACACAUGAUUAAUAUAAAAACUAUUAUUCAUUGUAAUACAUAAGGUUCUUUAAACACAUUCUACAUGUAAGAAAAAGUAUGUGUUCCUUAAAAAGGCAGCAUUACAAGGAUUAGGGAUAUGUUAACCUUGAUUUAUGAUAUUGAUAGAAACUAACUAGUGCUUGAAAUAGGAACUGGGCAUUAUCUGUUAAUGUAACCUGUUGUGUUUGAAUAAAGUGUGAAGACUGACGAGGUCAAAUGGUUCCUUGAAAUCUUGGUAUAAUUUGUGAUGUGCGUCAAACUAUUGUUUUUGUGCAUUUCUUUCCAUCUCAGAGUUUGAAAAUUUUUGCCCGAGAUCUGAGAUUUGUCAACAAAGGAAUAUGGGUCUUGAAUGUCACUUUUUUCCUGUAGGAUGGAAGUGUUGCCAUUAAUUUAGGAUAGGUGUGUUCCCUAAAAGGGUUUAAAACCCUGAUCCUAUGUAAGGGAAAAAAAUUGAAACAUCACACCCUAUAGGGGAAAUAGAAAGUAUAAAAUUGUGUCAAUAGGUUGUUUUUAUUAAUUUUUUUGUUUUUAUAGACAUUCACAAAGCGAGCAUUCUGUAGUUCUAACCUGUUUGAAUUGCCUUUGCUUUUAUCAAACGGCUAGAGUGUGAAAAAGGAUUCGCUAUUUAUGGACUAGGUACCAUGUAAACAAUACCCUGUUCUGCAACACACACCUAAAUAGCUUAAAUGCGAGAGUACCUCGCUGAGUAAUUUGUCGGACCCUACAUAUUUUGAGGGAAACUCUUAAUCUGAUCUGCUCAUCCAGUCUUUAAUGCUUUCUUCAAUAAUCUUGAUUUUUUGAGUUGCUUAUUCUGUAAAGAGUCUGAUCGGAGUGAAAUCUGUUGACUUUGCCUUUUUUUACUUUGAAAUAUGCAAAUGAACUUUAUGCUUGAAUGAUUUAGUUUUGUCAGCUUCCUUCCUAACCCCUCUAAUGUUUGCUUUAGUCCGAUUUGAAAUGCAAAAUGAUUGACUUUGAAAGCAGUUUCUGUCUGAGUAUUAUUUUAACUUCAAAGGAAUGUGACAGCCUGGGAGAGGUUUAAUUACUGUUUGUGUGUCAAACUAGGAUACCUAAUAAAUUAUGUUAAGUCGAGAGAAGCAUCAACCUGCUGUUCUUUUUCUUUCACUCCAAAUAUAUAUCAACAAUUCCAGUCCAGUCAGUACAGAAUUUGCCAAAGGCAAUUUUAUCAUUGUCUUGGCCCCAUUUAGUCUCCAUUGCAACCGUCACGCAGUAAAAACGACUGCCACGGAGACUAGGCCUCAUUGUAUCACCCUUUUCUGCAAUAAAAGCGGCUGUAACAACAACUUUACCUAAGCUUUUUACUUGAGGGAAGGGGACAGGGGUGGGUUUGUUCCACCUGGCCUCUACAUAUACUUUUAAAUGCCGUAGUUAAGCGGUUGGAGACUACGAUCAGACAAACGGCCCGACUUCACACUCACUCCCAUAACAAAACGCAAACCCAAAUACCCGCUCCUGGAAAACAAACCUUAUAUCGGACCUCUUAUAUUGUAGCCUGCGAACAGCAGAAGUAUUUCUGGUCGUCGCUUUUCGCCCAGAAAUCAGUCUGCUGUUCGCAGGCUACUGGUAUUGCGGACAAUGACUUAUCUUAAAGCGUAAGCGUGACUCGGCAAUUAAUUUACUCACACUCACCCCCUUAACAAAAACUAAACCCAGCUACCCCCUGCUGGAAAACAAGCCUUGUCAGUUACUGAAAAUUAAUCUUAAAAAAGGUGAAGCACUGAUUCUUCCGAAAACAAAACCGUAAAUCAACAUGAGACAAAUACCCCAUCUUCCUAAAUGGGAAUCAAAUCGCCAAUAUCACAGAAUACUAUUAGCUACUAUUAUCUGGGCAUGACGUUUAAUUCAAAUGGACGUUUCUAAAUUUCCAAACAAUUAUCUGCAGAGAGAACAAGAAGAUCUAUUUAUAUCGAGCCGUGUUUUCGUGUCAAAUAUGAUCCAGUGACCCACUUAAAAGGGGCGAGCUUUGUUGAGAAACCACUUAAGAGCUGUGGCGAGAGGAGGAAGGAAAAAUAUCUCGCUGGAACUGUCUUUCAUAUACUAGGCAUGUGACCUACUUAAACCUGAUUGGCCAAACUACCAUCUGUAGAGACCAAUGUGCGGUUUCUAAUCACUUGUGUGAAUAUUUUGCUACUGUGGCUGAUGGGAUUGGAGACACCAGUGCGGUUGAUGACAAAGUUCUCGCCACCCACCCUAGUGUCCAGAAUAUUACGCAGAAGAUGACAGGAUAUCAAGGCUUCCAGUUUCAGAAUCUUCAGAGUUUUGAAGUUGAAAAGGCGCUGCAAAACGUCAAUGUAAGGAAGAGUACAGGCUGGGACGGCAUCCCUCCCAUGGCGCUCAAGCUUGGAGCUACUGAGCUAACAAAUCCAUUGACGUCACUAUUUAAUUCAUGCAUAACCCUCGGAGAGUGGCCCUUGGGAUGGAAAAGGGGUGAAUGGACACCCGUUUUUAAGAAGGAAGAUCCCCAUAAAAUGGGAAACUACAGACCCAUAACUGUACAAGUUACUGUAAACAAACUCUUUGAACAAUUACUCAGCAAGCAACUCAGUUAUGGUUUUAAUAACAAACUGUGCGACAAACUAACAGCUUACAGGAAAAACAAUAGCUGUGAGACAGCUCUCUUAUCUUUGACUGAGAAUUGGAAAUUCGCUCUGGAUGAGCAUAACGUUGUGGGUGUUCUCUCCACGGACAUGAGCAAAGCCUUCGAUUCACUUUACCAUCCACUUACACUUGCAAAACUUAAAGCUUAUGGUGUUGAGGAAAGAAGUCUGCGAUUGAUGGGCUCCUACUUCACAGACCGUUAUAACAGGGUCAAGCUAGGAUCUGUAGUGAGCGAGUGGCAGAGGGUGACCAGGGGAUGCCCACAGGGUUCUGCAUUUGGACCUCUCAUCUGGAACAUCUUCCAAAACGAUUUGACUUAUACUGUUGAUGCGAACAUGAAUAUGUAUGCAGAUGACCACCAGUUUUAUGUCGUUCGCAGCACCCUCUCUGAUGUGCAUGAUGAUCUUGCUGUUUGCGCUGAGUCAGCAUCUUCAUGGUACAGAGCUAAUUUACUAAAGGGAAAUUUGGACAAGUACCAGACAAUGGCACUUGGUUGCGGAAGGAAGUCUAUGGACAGUAUUAUGAUUGACAAUCAUGAAGUCAGAUCCACUGAAUGUCUCAAGCUAUUAGGUGUCUGUAUUGAUAACAAUCUUCGUUUUGAUGAACAUAUAAGUAGUAUCUCUAAGAAGAGCGCCCAGCGGGUAGGCGUUCUCAUGAGGCUCAGGAACCUUAUACCCACACAAACUAAGUUACAGUUAUAUAAGGCAGCUGUUCUCCCGUAUUUAACCUACUGUCACCUUAUAUGGCAUUUUUGCCGUGCUAGUGAUUCUAGACGACUAGAGCGUAUCCAGGAAAGAGCACUUAGGGCUAUAUAUUGUGAUAAACAUUCGUCCUAUGGUCAAUUACUAUCUAUGGCUGGGAUAUCUACUCUACACAACCGGCGACUACAGGACAUAGCUAUUCUCAUGUAUAAAGUUAAAAACAACAUGUGCCCAGCAUACAUUAGCACUCUCUUUGAACAGCCUGCAAUUAAGUAUGAACUGCGCAAUCAUGACUUCACUAUACCCAGAUUCAACACAGUCUCCUUUGGAAAGCACUCGCUCAGGUAUAUGGGCCCAAGGGUUUGGAGUUCUGUUCCUAGUAAUGUGAAAAAAGCUUCCACGUUGUCCUCCUUCAAAUAUAACAUCAGAAAAGUGGAUCUUAGCAUGCUAUUAGAUGACAAUAACUGCUCUAACUGCUCUCUUUGCACUUCUUAAUCUUUUAUUUCUUUUUUUUUUUUUUUUUUAAGUAAUGGAUACAUUUGUACAUAUUGUAUAUAGUUCUCUCGAAUUUCUCACUUGCUUAUACUGUACAUAGUUUUUCUUAAUUUUUAAUUAAUUUAUUAAUUGAUUUAUUUUUUAAAAUUUAUUUUAGUGUCCCCACUUAGUGGUUAUAUACCGCUAUUACAGUUUGACACUUUAAUAAAGGUAUCAUCAUCAUCAUCAUCUAAUGCUAGUAUCAAAUCCGUGCCUGGUACAAGCCAAACCCAGCGGAAUAUCACGUGCGCACCACGCCUCGAUAUAAAUUACAUCAUAUCGCGCCAUAAUGUUCGGUUAUUUGGUACAAAACGUUUAAGCUUCCAGUUGCUGUAUGCAAUAAACUUUUUGAUGCCCUGUUUCUUCCUAUAUUACGAUACAGCUAUGAGGUAUGGGGUGCUUAUUGUGCUUAUGACAGCACUGAUGCCAAGAAACAGGAAAAAGACCCCAUUGAAAAACUUCACACCCAAUUUUACAAACAUUUUAUUGGUGUAAAUAGAAGAGCUAUAAACAUCAUAUCUCACAAUAUCGUACUAUCACUUAAAUCUAAUAUUAACAUAAAUGUAAUAAAAUUUUGGUUACAUCUCGUUAGUUUACCCGAUACUAGUAUUGCAAAGCAAUGUCUUUUACUUUCAAAUCAACAUGCAAACAGUAGAAAAUCGUCUUUCAUGUUGUCAUUUCAUGAAAUCAAAGCCAUUCGUCAAUAAGCAUCGUCCUAUAUCAAUUAUCUUGUUAAAAUUAAGCCUUUAAACUCAAGAUAAAGACUGCGGUCUGACGGACAUAAUACUGCUGUCUCACCCCGGCGAAUUUUAAAACUUUAACAACCUGGGAGACCGUGCUUUCGUUGCUUCGGCGCCUAACUCUGGAACGAUUCACCUCUGGAAAUUAGAAUGGCCAUAUCUGUUGACACUUUUAAAACAUUUUUAAAGACGCAUCUUUUUAGUAGGGCUUUUCAUUCUGAGUUAGGUUUACUUAAUACCUAUACACAAUUAUGUAAUUCUAUUUUAUUCUUAGUUAGGUUUUUGAUAUUAUACACAACACAUGAUGUAAUUCUUAUUUAUCAUUUAGUUACUUUUAUUCUAGGUAUUGUUGUAAUGCGCAAUUGAUCUUGUCAUGAAAACCGCGCAAUAUAAAUUCUUAAAUUAUUAUUAUUAUUAUUAUUAUUAUUAAAUCAUGAAACUACAUUGUAGCACUUCUAAUAAUAAAUUACAAGUGUCUGAUAUUCUUGUAGAGCCAAAUUGGUUAACUCGAAGCUGCCUAAAAUAAAACAGGCUAUCGUAGAUGGCUUAAAAAAGUAUCAAAUGAAAAUGUUGCGAUCUUACAAAAAAAUUGAACACUCUUAAGACUGACGUUAGUAGAUCAGAAUAUUUAGACCUUAUUAAAAACGAAAGACACCCCCAGGCGGUAGCAAAUUAAAGUUACGAUCAAGUAAUCCGGCACAAGUUAAGAAUUGAGACUAAUAUUUAUCACCCUCCUAAAAUUCUGAGAACUGCAAAUACCGUGAACGAUCAAUAUAGCUCAACGUUGGAUCAAACAAGAUCGUGAUCAGUCGAAAAAGAUAAAAAUAGAAUUAAAGUAAAAGAGACUACUGCAAAGAGUGAUCAAACAACGUGAAAAAGGCUGAGGUAUACAAUAUUUCGAAUGGCCAAUACCAAUACCAGAAAUAUACACCUAAUAAAGUUGAUGAAGACUGGCAUUGGACAGUCGAAAUAUUGUUUACCUCAGCCUUUUUCAACGUGAAAAAAGCUGAGGUAAACAAUAUUUCGACUGGCCAAUACCAGUCUUCAUCAGGUAUACUAGGAAAAAUAUACACCUAAUAAAUUUGAUGACGACUGGUAUUGGCCAGUCGAAAUAUUGUUUACCUCAGCCUUUUUCAGCUUGUUUGAUCAGCCUUUGCAGCAGUCUUUUUGACUUUAAUUCUACUUUUACUUUCUAUUUAUUCAGUUAUACCAUUGCUGUAUAUGGGAAUGCUAUUAAAAUGUUAUGUUACGUUCUAUGUAUCGGAUCAGGCCUGGUAUCGGACCUCUGAUAUUGCGGACAAUGACUUAUUUUAAAACUUAAGCGUGACUGGGCAAUAGCGUAGCCCGAGAAUGACGUCAGGUCCGUCAGAGUGACUAAUUUGCAAUUUUUGUCCCAGUUUUGUCAUUUUUCUCAUUUUAACGACAAAAGACAAACAAACAUGACACUUUAAUGACAGAAGUCUCACAAAAGUGAGGAAUUCGCUGAUGUUGGUCUGAGUUUCGGGUCUAUAAAAGUAACUGCGCGCAGCGCUAUUAAUUAACUCAAAGAUCAUGGCUGUAUCGGCUGCGAUCGGUGUAGCGGCAAUCGCUGUCCUUUAUGCAGGGAAAAGAUACUUCCAAGGUCCAAAAUGCAAAAGCAAAAGACGGUUAGACGGCAAGACUGUUGUUAUCACAGGUGGAAACACUGGUAUCGGUAAAGAAACCGCAGUGGAUUUAGCCAGGCGAGGAGCAAGGGUCGUAAUCGGCUGCAGAAAUCUCCAAAAGGGUAACGAAGCAUUGAAUGAAAUAAAAGAACGAAGCAGGAGCGCCAAUGUUUUCCUUGAAGAGAUAGAUCUUGCCUCUUUGGAGUCAGUUCGCAAGUUUGCAGACAGAAUUCUCAACAGUGAACCUCGCCUAGACAUCCUCAUCAACAACGCUGGAGUGAUGGCCUGCCCAUAUCAGAAGACAAAAGAUGGAUUUGAGAUGCAGUUUGGUACGAAUCAUCUUGGGCAUUUCUUGCUGACGAUGCUGCUUCUUGACCGACUGAAACGUUCUCAGCCGAGUCGUAUCAUAAACGUGUCUUCGUCCGUUCAUAGAAUGGGAAGUGGCAAGAUCAACUUUGAAGAUAUAAACUACGAAAAGAGCUACGGCGGCUGGGCAGCCUACUUCAACAGCAAACUUGCAAACGUGCUCUUCACACGCGAAUUGAGCAAACGCCUGGAGGGUACCCACGUGACAGCGAAUUCACUGCAUCCUGGAGGAGUCACCACUGAUCUGCAGCGCCACUCUUUUAUAGGAAGUGCUCUGCUCUUUCCCCUUCGCUGGUAUACAUUUAAGACAGCCGAACAGGGAGCCCAAACUACCAUUCACUGUGCAGUCUCUGAAGAGAUGGAAGGUGUCAGUGGAAAAUAUCUGCGAGAUUGCGCCAUUGUGGAGGAAUCCAAGGGGGCCCAGGAUGAUGCCGCAGCCAAGAAGCUAUGGGAUCUGAGCGUGAAGCUGGUUGGGCUGGAAAAAUAGACAAUUAGAAGAUGGAAGUGUCUAGAUACCGCCUUACAUAUUAGGCUGGACAUUUGCUCCAUUUUCCUUAAUUUCUUUAGCAUUUUAGAACUACAUAAUACAGUUAGAUGUGAAGAACAGUUUUAUAAAAACUGGGCAAAUAAACACACGAUAAAUAUGAAAACUAUAAUUCAUUGUAAUGUAGUAUAUCAGGUUCUUUAAACGCUACAUGUAAGAGAAGGGAUGUGUUCCUCAGGAAGACAGCAUUACAGAGAUUAGGGAUAUUUGGUCGCGCUUGCGUAAGCAGCGAGACUCAUAAUCGGCAACGCUUUUUUUGUCGUAUUUUGUACGCAAAUGGGGGCUCAUUGUGCCAGGCGUUCCUUGCGAAGACCGUGGAAAGUGGGACUAAGAAUCGUUGCGUGAUUGAAGACACCCAUGUUUUGCGAAGAAAGCUUAGGGGAAGAUUAAAUUUAGAGCUUUUCGGAAACGUGUCGGUCCACAAAUUCUAUCCCUUGAAAGCGUUGAUUGCUUUGGAACAAGUGAACACUUCUGAGUGGUCGAAAAAAAAAAAUGAUAGUAGGGUGUUGUAAACUUUCAUUGUAUGCAAAUGGUCUUGUAAUGAACAUGGGGUUUAAUUUCGGCGAUGAUUGAAAUGACGUGCAAUAUGCAAAUCACCUUUUUGAUCUCUGGGAAUCAUAUUGGCAAUGAUGUAAUUUCUCUGGAAUCGAGGCCCAUGAAUUUUCGUAUAUUUAUAUACGCUAUAGCCUGCGACCGCAGACGUAUUUCCGGUCGUCGCUAACACGCGUACUAAAUCAAUUCAGAAACAAAAAAAAAGUAUCGACGUCGAUAAAGUAGGAAGUAUAAAACAUUUAGCGAGUAAACCUGUUUCGUGUAGAGUUAAUCGCCUCCUCAUUUUUCUAUCGUAUCUCCAAGCAAGCGAGACGGAAGGCUUCUGUAAGAGCGUUCUUGUUUAACUAAAAUUAAUGAUAUUAACGAAAACUAACCAAUUCUUGAAAUAGGGACUGGGGAUUAUCUGUUGUAACCUGUUGUGUUUGAAUAAAGAGUGAACAUUGACAGGGCCAUAGGGUUGCAAAUGGUUCUUAUAAAUCGUUGUUCUCCAAAAGUUUCAAUUUAAUCUUGAAAUCUCAGUAGAAUUUGUGAAGAGCCUAGAACUAUUGAUUUUCUGCAUUGAUUUCCAUCUCAGAUUUUGAAAAUUUUUGCCCCGAGGUGUGAGAUUUGUCAUCAAAAGACUUGGGGUCUUGAAUGUUACAUUUUACCCAUAGGAAGGGAGUGUUCAUCUUCUUUGAUCCCAUUUAAUGGAAAGAAAAUUGAAACAUCACACCCUAUGGGGAAAGUCGAAAACAUAAAAUUGUUUCAACAGGUUGUUUUUAUUUCUUUUUUAUAGACAUUCACAAAGCAAGCGUUCUUAAGUUCAAACCUAUUUGAAAUGCCUUUGCUUUAAUCAAACGGCUAUAGUAUCAAAAAGGAAUGUCCUAUUUAUAGACUAAGCACCACAAAAACCAUACUCUGUUCUGCAGCACACUCUUACAUAGCUUAGCAGUGCGAGAGCACCUAGGCCUCUCUUAGUAAUAUGUCACCCCUAUAUAUUUUGAAGGAACCUCUUAAUCUGAUCUGUUUAGCUAGCCUUUAAAGGAGUUUCAACUUGGGUAUACUUUCCUCAUUAAUAUUUAUUAUUCUAGUUGCUUAUCUGUGAAGAGUCAGAUCAGUCAAAAGUUAUGAUUUCUCUUUACUUUGCAAAAUAUGCAAAUGUACUUUCUGCUUGAAAGGUUUAGUGUUUUUAGCUGCCUUCCUGACCCCCUUAAUGUUUGCUUUAGUAGUAUUUGAAACGUCAAAUUGUUGAUUUAGUAAGCAGUUUCUGUUUGAAUAUUAUUUUACCUUCAAAGAAAUGUGACAGCCAGGCCCAGGGGGGAUGGAGCACUCCGGAUUUCAAGUGACAGGGGUGAUCAAAUGGGGGCAACAAUCAAAACCCAAAAAAAUCCUUAGGGUUUCCACCAUAACCCUGGACCAAAAAUUAACCCCCAAAGUCACACCAUCUGAAUAUUCAGAUUGUAUUGAAUACCCAAAAAAUCCCUACUUAAAUCAAGCCACCCCAAAAGAGUACUUGCCAAACUUUUCUAUCCCAAAAAAUCCCGGAAUCGAAAAUUUCAAACCCAAAAAAAUCAUUCAAUCAUCCCCGCCACUUGAAAUCCGUAGUCCCCCCACCCCCCGGGCAGCCAAGUACAGGUUUUAGUUACUGUUUGUGUGUCAAACUGAGACUAGACAACCAGGAAACGGAGUAGUCUAAUGAAUUAUUUUAAGACAAAGUUGUAUCAACUUGUUGUUCUUUUUCUUGCGCUCCAAACAUUAGAUAUCAACAACUUAAGUACGGACUUUGCCAAAGGCAAUUUUAUCAUUUCAUCGGCCUCAUUUAGUAUCCAUUGCAGCCGUCACGAAAUAAAAACGGCUGCGUAGGAGACUAGGUUGCAUUAUAUCACCCCAGUAAAAAACGUUGCUUUAACAAAAACUUUUCUCAAGCUUUUUACUUGAGGUAGGGGGGGUGGGAGGGGGGGACAGGAGUGGAUUGGAUCCACCUAGCCUCCACAUAUGCUUUCAACUUACCGUAGAUGGGGGAAGGGGUAAAGGAGACUACGAUCAGACAAACCGACGACUCACACUCACCCCCCUAACAAAACCCAAACUCAUCUACCCCCUCCUGGGAAACACCUCAUAUCGGACAGUGUCCAAAGGGGCGUAAGCGUGACUCGGCACUUAACGGCAAGAUGGCUGUUCCUGCUGCGAUCGGUGUAGCGGCAAUCGCUGUCCUUUAUGCAGGGAAAAGAUACUUGCAAGGCCCCAAAUGUAACAGCAAAAGAGGCCUAGACGGCAAGACUGUUGUUAUCACAGGUGGAAACACUGGUAUAGGCAAAGAAACCGCAGUGGAUUUAGUCAGGCGAGGAGCGAAGGUCAUAAUCGGUUGUAGAAACCUCCAAAAGGGUAAAGAAGCACUGAAAGAAAUUAAAGAACGCAGUGGAAACUCCAAUGUUUUCCUUGAAGAGAUAGACCUGGCUUCGUUAAAGUCUGUUCGCACGUUUGCCGACAAAAUUCUAAACAGUGAAUCCCGCCUCGAUGUCCUCAUCAACAACGCUGGAGUGAUGAUGUGCCCAUAUCAGAAGACUGAAGAUGGAUUUGAAAUGCAGUUUGGUACGAAUCAUGUUGGGCAUUUCCUGCUGACCAUGUUACUCCUUGACCGACUGAAGCGUUCACAGCCGAGUCGAAUCAUAAACGUGUCUUCGUCUGUUCACAGGAUGGGAAGUGACAAGAUCAACUUCGCAGACAUCAACUUCGAAAAAAGCUAUGACAGCUGGGCCGCCUAUUAUAACAGCAAGCUUGCAAACGUGUUAUUCACACGCGAGCUCAGCAAACGUCUGGAGGGCACCCAUGUGACGGUGAAUGCACUGCACCCGGGGGUUGUCACAACCGAGCUUCAGCGCCACAUGUUUUUGUCUAGUAGUCUGUUCUACCCGAUCCGCUGGUACAUGUUCAAGACCGCAGAACAGGGAGCACAGACGUCUAUUUACUGUGCUGUCUCUGAAGAGAUGGAAGGUGUAAGUGGAAAAUAUCUGCGAGAUUGUGCCAUUGUGAAGGAGUCCAAGGGUGCUCAAGAUGACGAAGCAGCCAAGAAGCUUUGGGAUCUGAGCAUGAAGAUGGUUGGUUUGGAAAAAUAAAGCUGAGCGGAAUCUCCUCUCAUGACAUCUUUCCAUAACUGAUUUUCCAAACCCAUUUGUUUUCACUAAUAUAAGGUCACUAAAAAGUUUAUGAAUAUUGUGAACUCUCCAAAAUACCAGAAAGUCCAGCAAAAAUGACUUUAAAGUAGUUCCGUAGCCUUUUCCACCUACUGUGCCACUCUUUACGAACGUUUAUGAUUCCCCAGAAUUAUAAGUUACAAGUAAGACAACCGGAGACAAAUAGAAAAAAGUAGCUAGCAUUUGUAUUUGGAAAAAUUAAAAAAAAUAAAAACAGUCAUUUAGUGAUAUAUACGGCACAUGUAAUGAUAUUAGUUUGUAGAAACGAAACCGAUGAUUGGGAAGUGUGAAAAUUAAUAAUGUCUAUUUAGCUUGAAUUUGACAAUAGAUAAUCUGAACUUUCUGGCUAUUUAGUGUUGUGUUACUUAUUACUAGGGGCGAGUUCAGCAAUGUUUUAUUAGAGGCUGCAAUGUUAAAGCUGAAGACCUCUUUCAGUUGUUAAUGUUCUCGGAUGUUAUUCUUUCUUUCUCUUUUUUUCGACAAUUCGACAGCGCCCGAGCUAAGAAAAGGAAAAGAAGAGGUUUACAGUCGACUCUCUCUUAACGGACACCUCUAUAAGACGGACACCUCUGUAAAACGGACACCUGGAGUUGGUCCCAGGCUUUCUUAGCUCCCUCUAUUUGACUUUCUAUAAGACGGACAUUUCUCUAAGACGGACAGCUAGUGCCGGUCCCAAAGGUGUCCGUCUUAGAGAGAGUUGACUGUAUUAUCACCUCCCCCACCAGCCUUGCGAUUGCGGUUAAUAAAUCCUCCGUGAUUUUGUUUUCUUACGUGCGCUCGACGAUCUCUAACUAUGGGCCUGUUUACAAGGAGGUGGGGGACCCCAGGUAGGUGAGGUAACCCCCUUCGGUGGGGUAACCCGCCACAUGUUAUCUCACUUAUCUGGAGUCCCCCACCUCGAUGUAAACAGGCCCUAAAAGGGAAAACAGAGGGUCUGCGAACUGGCUAAAUUGUGACAAGUUGAAUCAAUUCCGGCUACCGUGGGAAGUAAAUUUCAAAGUUUGAUGUACCUAACUCCCCAACCGUAACUUGACCAUGAACAGUUUUCCUUUUUUGCAUUAGGGAUAUUAGCAAGGAAAAAAUGUGAGUAAAAGAUUUCUGUAGCUCUCAAAGCCUUUCAAGGAUGUGCGGAGCGAAAUGAAAAAAAAAGGGGAGAGCAACUUCCACUCCCGUGUAGGGUCAGGACUGGAAAACUAGUUCAAGAGUCGACAGUAAUAAUAUCCAGCGGCUUCAACAAAGAAUACAAAAUGGCGGCUCGACAAGGCUUUCGCGUAAGAAAAGUGCACCUUUCUCUUGUACAGGAACGUCAAACAAAUUUAAACCUUGACCAAUUUUUGUCUUUUUAGGUAAUCUCUAGGUUAUCUAGAGGGAUUCACACCUCUUGCCGAAGGCAGUUUUUGAUUCCUAUGGUCAUCGAACAGACGGUAUAAAACCUUCUUAUUAACGUAUGAAAGUGCAAAGUUACAUCAUCGAUGUAGGGAUGAUGGAUAUAUAGUCACACUAAAGAUGGUAAAUAACAUAACCACAUUUUCUGUGGGAUACAGAACAAAAACAGUACCAUUUCUGAGGGCUUCUAAGGAUAAAUGUUAAUUUUGUGGGGAACUCUAGGCAGGAAUAAUUUUCUGAAGGGCUCAGGAAAAAACUCCUCAUCAGUGGGGGUGCGGGUAGGGCGGGGUCGAAAAAUUAAAUGCAACGACCCUAAGAGAUAACAGAAUUUGGAUUUAUAUGACGGCGUGAUGUAGUUCAAAACCCACAUUUGAUGUCACCCUUGAACACCACCGAGUCUCCAGUAGUUCAGUGGUUAGAGCGACUGGCUAGAUCACAGGGGGUUGUAAGUUCAAAUUACAUUGAAGGUUCAGUUUUUUCACCUUGUGUCCAUUUGAUGUAAGAACAUAUCUUGUUGGUGUACUUCUACAAAUGACUCACUUGGUGGUUGGAUGGUUGUAUCUAUGAUAUUCCUUAAUGUGACUUUGUUAAGAGGAGCGGGUUGAAUAGGGGUAGCAAAUCCACCAAUCUGUUAUGAUUUAUUAACCAAAUGCGCCGUUAAAUUUUCGCCCUGAAUCCGAAAUCCGGGCAAAAAUAUUUGUAUUACACGCAAAGUCCAAAAUCCGGACCCAAAAAAUAGAUGGAUCUGCAUUCCGCUGCAGUUGUAGGAUCCGGAAAUCCAUUAAAAUCUCCCUUUGAGUCCAAAAUCCAGGCAAAAAUGUUUUAAAAAUCCACCGAUCCGUUCGCCUAUUCACCCCCCCUCUAUGAGUCAUAUGUACUUGUACUGAUUUGACCAUAUGACUGCGUGAUGCAGUUCUAGUCAAAGACUGACAUUUCACCCCUGCUGGUCCUCGAGUGUCCAGUAGCUCAGUGGUUCGAGCAUCUGACUAGAUCAUGGAACGUCAUGGGUUCGAAUCCCAUCUGGGGCUCAAAUUUAUUUCCAAGUUUGCAUUUGAUGCAAAAACAUAAUUAUCAUGUUGUUAUAAAUAUCAUUUGUAUUCUAAAUUUAAUACAUUAUUCUUUCCAGGGCAGAGGUGAAAGAGCAUAUGACAUUUUUUCUCGUCUUCUUAAAGAGCGGAUAGUGUGUGUCAUGGGGCCUGUAAGUAACUUAGUUAAGGCCAUUCUCUGCUAUUUUCUGGUGUGGAGGGUGCUGGAAUGUCACUAUCUUUCCUUGAAAUAAGCGUUUGGUGAUCCCACAAACCUUCUCAGGAUUGCUUAUGUUUAAAACUUUUGUUUACUCCUGUAGACAUAAGGACAAAGUAGAUGCCCAACAGCAAAACAACUGAUCAGAUGAAAAUAUGUCUGGAAUUUUGAUUUUGUUGUACAUAAUCUUUUAAUCUUUUUGGGGAUAUUAUUUUACAGAUAACAGAUGAAACAUCUAGCCUUGUAGUGGCUCAGCUUCUCUUUUUACAGUCAGAGAAUGGUCGAACUCCUGUCCAUAUGUACAUCAACAGUCCAGGUACGAAUGACACAGAAGUAACCAAUUUCCUAAUGUGUUAACUUGCCUUCUGACUUGGUGGGCAAAUUACUGAUAUUUCCUUACCAUCUUUUUCUUAAUUAAUUCAACAGGUGGCUCUGUCACAGCAGGCUUGGCUAUUUAUGAUACAAUGCAGGUUGGCAUCUUACAUGCAUUAUGAUUCUCUAAAGCUACCAUGCAAAGACUUGAAAAGUGUCUCCUAUUUUAGUUUCAAUUCAUUUGGUACAAAGUACCCUAGCAAUAACAAUGUUUUUAUGUUCCCUGUUGGUGAUGCAAUUACCAUUUCAUCAUGGUCAUCCAAGCCACAGAUUGGUGUAAUCUUUUACCACGGGAACAGCCAGUUGUCGCUGAUUAUUGGCCUUAGCCUGUACACAGACGUUUUCUUUUUCUUUUCGUUCAUUUCGAUGAACGAGCAAGGAGCGCAAGAAAGAUAAUAUAUAUUUUCUUCUUCCACCACCACUACCCCCUUGCACUGGUGGUCAAUAAAUCCCCCUCAGUGUAUAUUUUAUCAUGGGUGCUCAACGGACUUUGAAGAGAAACUAGAUGGUCUGUGAACAAGCUAUAUUGGCCUAGACCUUUGACAUUUCACACCACAGAUGAAUGUUUUAUUAACUGAACUAGCCUGCUUCUGUUACAACAACAAUCUGUGUGGGACUGAGCAAAUUUAUGCCUAAUAUCCACUUAAAUAGUGAACUACUCUGGUUUUGUUAGAUAACAGUAGGUAUUUACUAGCAGUAAUAUUUCUGUGAUUCCUUUUUAAGUACAUUCAGCCUCCUAUCUCUACAUGGUGUAUAGGACAGGCCUGUAGCAUGGGAUCACUGUUGCUAACAGCUGGUACUCCAGGUCUUAGGCACUGCUUACCUAAUUCCAGGGUCAUGGUGCAUCAACCACAUGGUGGAGCUCGGGUAAGAAUCUCAGAUUCCUGACAUAUUGUGAAGUAGUACUUUUCAGAGGGUUUGGGAGCAAACAAGUAUAUGGCAAGUUUGUUCACAGAUAAGAAGACUAGGGAGAUACAUUAUUACAUUAUAUUUACCACCAAAACCACUUGUUACAACAAGUUUGUUUUAUAGCAGCAGAACAGCAGUUUUUCUCUCAACCUUCACACCUGAGGAUUGGUACAUUGUAUCCCUGCUCAUAUUUAUUAGGCUGGCAUACCUAUCUGUUGUACCUCACUUUGAUUAAUUUAUUUGAAACUUCCAUUGUAGGGGCAAGCUACAGACAUUGCUAUUCAAGCUGAGGAGAUUUUAAACCUAAAGAAGUUAAUAAACAACAUCUACGUGAAACACACUGGCCAGCCAAUUGAAGUAAUAGGUAUGAUCCCGUUUUCAUUAGAAAGGGAGGAGGAGGCAGUUGUUAUUCAGCUGCAAAACGUACCUUUUAUAAGUAAUGUUGCAUGUUGAUAUCAGUACUAUUUUGAUACUAUUUUUAAAGCCAUAUACUUGUUCAGGAGAAAAACAGAUAACCCCAAGCCUUGAAAACAUUUACAUAAAAGAAAAUCUUCUAGUUCUAGCUUCAAGUUUAUUCUGGCAAUAUAUGAGGUAUUACCUGGUACCUACACCAAUAAGAAACUUAGAGCCACAGAUCAGUUUCUUUGUUCAUGAAUGCAUCCUUGUGUUUAUUUUUUAUUUCAAUCUUACAGAGAAAGAACUUGAAAGGGACAAGUUUUUGUCUGCUGAUGAGGCAAAAGACUUUGGUCUGGUUGACAGAGUUUUAUCACAUCCUCCAAUUACAGAAAGCCCAUUGUCAAAUGGUGAUAAAGUGGAUAGCUAA